AUGCGAGUAAAAAAUUUGUCUCGAAAGGAUAAGAAAGGCACAUCGAGUCUGUUAGCAGCGGUAGAUCGUUUGCGCACAGAAGGUAAGCUUUUGGACUUAAAGUUGACUUAUGAAAGCGUGGUAUUGGUAACAUGCCACAAGCUGGAGUUCGCUCCAUUCAGCGAUUAUUUCGAGUCGGCUCUGAAAGGCAUGAAUUUGACCGCGAACCUGUGUUCGGACUCGAUCCAGUUGAGGAUCCUGACCGGCAUGACCCUGCUGAUCGAGGCGGCGAGGAGGCUGUUUCAUGUCCGACUGCUGGUCGACAAGCUGGAGAUGCUCAGACCGACGCUGCAGGGGGUGCGUCCGUGUGAAGUAACGCUGACGAUGUAUCCGUCCCUGGGCAGCUCGCUGCUGUAUGCCAUAGUCCAGCGUAUCCGGUCCGAAACCAAGUUCACAGACGCGAAAAUCUGUACAGGGUGUUCAAACUCAUCACCUGACACCGCAUCCAUAUUGCCGUUCCAUAGGCUCGUACUGGCGUUGCUCAGCAGCUACCUCGAAGACCUGCUAUGCACCAGCAACACGAUCAAUUAUGCAACGAUGAUGCUGCCGCUCCGCGACCGACUUCGUCUGUUGGCCUCUCCGACCGUAGCGCAAGCCCUUAUCACCUCAGUCGUCGUUACCUUCCUCAUCGUCAACUUCGUCAUCACCUCCGUCGCCGCUGUCGCUGUCACUGCUGCCGCCAUCGCUAGACUCAGCCAGAGGCACACGCGACGACGUCGAUGCAAGAUUUCAGACUCGACCAGCCACGUUCUGUUGAAGCCUUCAUCAUGUGAUCAAUCUAUGAUUGGACAUAGCGUCACCAGCCGACCACACGAUCCGUUUCCAUUUCCUAUUGACGAGGACCUUUUGGACGUGCAUUAUCCGUUGUCGGUUGUUUUGGAACUGGACGAAGGCGACAAUCGAUAUAGCAGCGGUUUUGAAUCAGAUAGUUACGAAUAUGAAUCGUUGCCUUCCUGUUCACGAGACUUAGCCAGAUCAAAUAGUGUUCGCCACAGGCUUGCUGAUCAGCCGACGAUGAACAACAGUCUGAACAGCGAUGAUGAGUCUGGCAGCUCUCACUUGACAGAGGCUGAUGAGGACAAAGACAACGAAUCCGAAAGUCAGGAAAGUAGCAAUGAUAGAGCUUGCUAUUCUGCUGGCCACAGCCGACCGUCGAUCGUCGAAGAACCGUGGUGUUGCCCGUUAUGUCAGUUCAGGACCACCGGCGUUAAAAAGCUACGAAGACAUGUGUUGCAGGUAGGUAGGUCGCUUUUGUUGCUCGCACUUGCGCUCUAGUU